AUGCACCCAGAACCGAAAGAGCCUACAUCCAUCUCCUCCCGUCGUUCCUCCGACUCCCGGCCUGAGCUGCACUCGCCCCCGGUGCCCAAAUUCGAUCCGACAGGCGGAUUCUUCGACUACUCCGAGGAGAAAAACUUGCAUCAAAUCGAAGAAAAGUUGCUCGCCCACCGCCGAGGGUCCGAUACGAACGCGACGGGGCGACCGAGCUCCCUGCUAAACUCCCCGAAUAUGCCGUCGGGCUCGCAGCGUCCUCGCGAGAGUCCGUUCCUGGCCGCGAGGCUCUCGUCGAUCCCAGAGCCCGCGAACGAGAGCGCACUCGCGCCCCCAGAGCCUACCAGUCGCCCUCCAGCUCCCCGGUCCCGUAUUUCGAUCUCGCUGACUCGUUCGCGCAUUCGCUGUCUGCUCGCAGAACCUCCCGUCCCGUCGGAGUUCGUCCCGAUCUUCCAGUCGCUCGACGAAUGUCUCGACCUCCGCGACAAGUUCAUGUCGCGCUCUGGCCAAAAGCUCGGCUUCAACCCGCGCGACCACGACGGUGUCUUCACCGGGCUCGACGACGACAUCAUAGGCGUAUCUGGCGUCUGCCCGGACGUCGUUUACGCGUCACGCAAGCCGCCUAAGAGCCCCUUCUCGCCGUGGCGCCUCUACCCUCGCCCGCCUCCGCCUCACUGGCACUGGAAAGGGCACGACACCGCUGUGCCGAGACACCUCGGUGCCGCACCCGACGAAGAUGAAGAGUUCGACUUCACCGCGUGCGACAUUCCGGGGGCGCACGAGUGGAACUUCGCCAUCGACGAGAAGGGCGUGUUCCAGGUCUACAAGGGAGAAGAAAAAACGCCACACUUCGAUAUACCUACUAUCCGCGAGUACUUCGUCGACCUGGAGAAGGUGCUCGCCGUUAUCUGCGACGGCCCCACCAAGAGCUUCGCGUUCCGCCGCCUGAACUACCUCGCGAGCAAAUUCACGAUGUACUCCCUCCUGAACGAGCAGUAUGAGCUGGCCGAGAUGAAGGGCAUUCCGCACCGCGACUUCUACAAUGUCCGCAAGGUGGACACCCACGAUGUCGUGAUCUUCCGCGACGGGAAGGAGCUCACGCUCGAGCAGGUGUUCCAAUCUCUGAACCUGACCGCGUACGACCUCUCGAUCGACACCCUGGACAUGCACGCGCACCAGGACUCGUUCCACCGGUUCGACAAGUUCAACCUGAAGUACAACCCAAUCGGGGAGUCGCGCCUGCGCGAGAUCUUCCUCAAGACGGACAAUUACAUCCAUGGCCGGUAUCUCGCGGAAUUGACCAAGGAGGUCAUGAACGAUCUCGAGCAGAGCAAGUACCAGAACUGCGAGUGGCGUCUUAGCAUCUACGGAAGGAGCUACGACGAGUGGGACAAGCUGGCGAAGUGGAUCGUGAACCACAAGCUGUAUUCUCACAAUGUGCGCUGGCUGAUCCAGGUGCCCCGUCUUUACGACGUGUACAAGGCCAACGGAUCGGUCCAAACUUCGAGGACAUCGUGCGCAGUACACGUUUUCCAGCCGCUGUUCGAGGUCACAAAAGACCCCUCGUCUCACCCAGAACUCCAUGUUUUCCUUCAACGCGUCAUCGGCUUUGACACCGUGGACGAUGAGUCCAAGACUGAGCGCCGCUUCCACAAGAAGUUCCCCUAUCCCCGCUUGUGGUCCGCAAAGGAGUCACCACCUUACUCGUACUGGGUCUAUUACAUGUACGCAAACAUCGCCAGCCUCAAUCACUGGCGUCGCGCGCGAGGAUUUUGCACCUUCGUCUUCCGUCCCCACUGCGGCGAAGCGGGCGACCCGGACCAUCUCGCGUCGGCAUUCCUUACCGCGCACUCGAUCUCGCAUGGCAUCUUGCUGCGCAAGAUCGGCAUCGCGAUGAGCCCGCUGAGCAACAACGCACUCUUCCUCACCUACGAGCGCAACCCGCUGCCGCAAUUUUUCCAUGUCGGGCUCAACGUCAGCCUGAGCACGGACGAUCCACUCCAGUUCCACUUCACAAAGGAACCGCUCCUGGAGGAGUACAGCAUUUACAAGCUCCCGCAGAGCUCCCUCGCCGAGCUCGCCCGCAACUCCAUGGAGGUCAAGCGCCACUGGCUCGGGCAGAAGUGGUAUCUACCCGGCGCGGCGGGUAACGAGAUCAACAAGACAAACGUGCCGAACUUGCGCCUGGAGUACCGCCGACAGACGCUACUCGAGGAGCUGAGGGUGAUCCGCACGAAGCGGAGCGUGGACUCACAGGCGUACAUUUUUCAGCGAGCACUUAGGAGUGGAGUUUGGGCCCCGAGGUGA